AUGGCGGCCAUCAAGACCGACCCUUCGAUUGGCGACAGCGACCAUCAUGAGCGAAGUGGCAAACCUCCCAUCAUUCGUCCUUUUACAUUUAUGCUGCUUGUGCCUAUUAUCUUAUGUAUCUGCAAGCACACUGCGGAGACACGAUGA